AAUGGUGGUAAGCGCUGUGCUGGGAGAGUGGAGGUUCUUCAUGAGGGACAGUGGGGCACGGUUUGUUCUUUCUACUGGCAUAUGUCUGAUGCUGCAGUGGUGUGUAGAGAGCUGGACUGUGGGGAGGCUGUAGCAGUAUUGCAUAAUGCUCAUUUUGGAGAGGGAUCAGGACCAAUCUGGAUGGAUAAUGUGGCCUGCAGUGGAUCAGAGUCUACACUGAAGAACUGUACAACAGCAGGAUGGGGCAAAAAUAACUGUCUUCAUUCUGAAGAUGCUGGAGUCAUCUGCUCAGGUCUUGUGACCAGACUAGUUGAUGGAUUUAAUUUGUGUUCUGGGAGACUAGAGCUUCUACGUGGAAACAAAUGGGGCACGGUGUGUGAUGCUGCCUUUGACCAGCAGGAUGCAGAGGUUGUGUGUCGAGAGUUGGGCUGUGGGGCUCCUGGAGAAAUUCUGGGAGGAGCAGCUUUUGGCAGAGGGGAGGGCCAUGUGUUGUCAGAUGAGUUUCAGUGUGGAGGAAAUGAAUCUGAAAUUUUCCUUUGUCCAAAAUUAACGUCACAAAAACAAAAUUGCUCUCACAAUAAUGAUGUGGGUCUUACAUGCACAGGUAAAGUUUCUGUUUUUUCCCUCACCUUUAAGUAA